AUGGCAAAUAAAAUAAUCCAUACAAUUGUUGAUCAGAUUAAAAAAUGCAAAUGCUUUUCAUUGAUUAUUGAUUUCACACCUGAUAUAACACAUAUAGAUCAACUGUCUUUUAUUGUACGGUAUAAAUAUGAAGGUAUUCCUAUUAAGCGUUUCAUUCAAUUUAUACCUAGUUGUGGACAUAAAGCUAACGAUAUGAAAAAAGCCGUUUUAGACAGGUUGGAAAGCCUUGAUAUUAAUAUAAAUGAUUGCAGAGACCAGGCUUACGAUACUGCUAAUAAUAUGUCUGGACAUUAUAACGGAUUACAGGCAAAAAUAAAAGAAUUAAAUCCCCUUGCUGUAUAUAGACCAUGUGCGGCGCAUUCAUUAAAUUUAGUUGGUACUCAUGCUGUGCGAUGUUCUAAUGAAGCUGCUCAAUUUUUUCCUCGUUCUGAAUCAAAAGGACUAAAACGUCUUUUAGGAACUCGAUGGUCAUCAAGAGAUGAUGCUUGUGUGAGUUUAAAUGAUUCGUGGGAUGAGAUAUUAAAAACUUUAAGUUUACUUGAAAAUUACCAUAAUGAACCAGCUGAAACUCGAAAAGAAGUCUCUGGAUUGCGUAAGAAAUUUGAAAAAUUCGAGACAACGUUUAUGGCUAUAUUUUGA